CCUUCGUUAUUGCAAGUGUUAGAACUAGAAAUUCCCAAUGGCAAGCCUCCCUCAACCAAAUUUAUCUACCUCCUCCCUCUCCACCUGCCCUAGCUCCUUUGCAUGCCCCUUCUAUCGACAGAGGCGUCGGGUCCCUCUUUCCUCCAAGAAAUCUCACGUCCAUCCCAGAAUCUCAUGCAAAGCAACAAGGAAUGAACAUGAGAAGCCCAUGCCCACCACGGAGGCCAUAGGAUCUUCAGGCAAGCUCGACCGCCGUGAUAUGCUCAUCGGCCUUGGUGGGCUCUAUGGAGCUGCCACCGGACUUGGAGUCAACCGCAAGGCCCUCGGACUCCCCAUUGAAGCCCCUGACGUCUCCAAAUGUGGCCCCGCUGACCUCCCGUCCGGCGCAACACCUACUGACUGCUGCCCACCAUCCACCUCCAAAAUCAUCGACUUCAAGCUCCCGCCACGCUCCGACCCCCUUCGCAUCCGCUCUGCUGCCCACUUAGUUGACUCAGAGUACUUGGCAAAGUAUGCCAAGGCCGUGGAGCUCAUGAAGGCCUUGCCGGCCGACGACCCACGUAACUUCACCCAACAGGCUAACGUCCACUGCGCCUACUGUGAUGGCUCCUACGACCAGAUCGGCUUCCCUGACAUCGAGCUCCAGGUCCACAAUUCCUGGAUCUUUUUCCCCUGGCACCGGUUCUACCUCUACUUCCAUGAGAAAAUACUCGGCAAGCUCAUUGGCGACGAGACCUUCGCGCUUCCCUUCUGGAAUUGGGAUGCACCCGCUGGCAUGCAAAUGCCUUCCAUCUAUACCGACCCUUCUUCGUCGCUGUAUAACAAGCUUCGUGACGCCAAGCACCAGCCACCGUACCUCAUCGACCUCGACUUCAAUGGGCAGGACCCAUCCUUCACCUACGACCAGCAAAUCGACUACAACUUAAAGAUAAUGUAUCGCCAAGUGAUCACUAAUGGGAAGACAGCACAACUGUUCAUGGGAUCCCCCUACCGCGCUGGGGACCAGCCAAAUCCUGGCGCAGGCUCGCUCGAGAACGUGCCGCACGGCACCGUCCAUGUAUGGACUGGUGAUAGGAACCAGCCAAAUGGAGAGGACAUGGGCACGCUUUACUCAGCUGCUCGUGAUGCCAUCUUCUAUGCCCACCACUCCAACGUCGAUCGCAUGUGGAAUGUGUGGAAGAUGCUCGGUGGAAAGCACAAGGACUUCGAAGACAAGGACUGGCUAAAUUCCUCCUUUCUCUUCUACGACGAGAACGCCGACCUAGUUCGAGUCAAAGUUAAAAAUUGUCUGGAUACUCAGGGGCUCCGCUACACCUACCAAGAUGUCGAGAUCCCUUGGCUGAAAACUCGACCCACUCCCAAGGGUACUGCGGCAGCGAAGAAGGGGGCAAGAUCACUACGAGCGGUCACAGAGGCGACGUUCCCGGUGACCUUGGACUCGUCAGUGAGUGCGACGGUGAGGCGGCCCAAGGUGUCGAGGAGCAGGAAGGAGAAAGAGGACGAGGAGGAGGUCCUGGUGGUCGAGGGGAUCGAGUUCGACCGCGACAUGUUCAUCAAGUUCGCCGUGUACAUUAACACGCCGGAGGAGGACGGGGUUGACCCCGGGUCAACUGAGUUUGCCGGGAGCUUCGUCAACGUGCCUCACAAAAACAGUCACAGCAAGAAGGAGAAGAAGGUGAGGACGGCGCUGCGGCUGGGGAUAACGGACUUGCUGGAGGACCUUGGGGCCGAGGCAGACGAUAGUGUGCUCGUCACGCUGGUUCCGAGGAAGGGAAAGGUGAAGGUGGGUGGGCUCCGGCUUGAGUUCUUGAAAUGAAGAUACCAGUCAACAAGUUGAUAGGCUUUGGCUGCUGCUGUAUGACUAUUAGUAAAUAAAAGCGGUAACCAAGAUUCCGGUUCAAAGGAUUAGAGUUAUACUUGGAUAAUGCUGGUGGUGUUUGGGUGGUCGAGAUUUCUGUUGUCAACGUCUCGACGAAGAAAGAAAAAUAAUGUUUUGAUACUUAUUUAUUUAUUUAUUUUGAUAGAAUCGUGAUAGUUCUGCU